CGUCCAAGGGGAGGGGACUGCGCGAGGCGUGCAGGCGGGCCUCGGAGGCGAGACGGAGAUGCAUUCGGGACCGGGCUGGCAUGGCGAGGGGAGCCCGGCGUCAGAGCCGCUGCGCCGGGGCGAGAGUCUUCCAGGGGCGUCCUAGGGGGCUCCUCCUCUUGCGCGGGCCCCUCGGCCUCCCCCUCCUGCUGCUGCUGCUGCUGCUGCCGCUCCUCUCCGGCCAUGGAGGCGCCUCCAGAGGGCGAGGACUUUCGCCACAGGGGGAGUUGGUCACCCCACGCUGGAUUUCGGGAGGGCGGAGCAAGCGAGCAGCUGGAACAGCAGAAAAGGCUCCAUCACCGGCCCGCGGAGAGGUGGCGGUGACAGCUGAAGGCAGGGAACUUAUUCUGGUGCUGGAAAAAAAUGACAGGCUGCUGUCACCAGAUUACACGGAGACGCAUUAUACCAAGGACGGGCAGGUAGUGACUCUGUCGCCCAACCACACUGAACACUGUUACUACCACGGCCACGUCCGAGGGUACAAGGGCUCCUGGGUGGUGCUAAGUGCUUGCUCCGGAAUCAGCGGCCUGAUCACCCUCAGCCAUAAUGACAGCUAUUACCUGAAACCCCCAGCAAGCCCGGAAUCUGACACCCACGUCCUCUACAGAGCAGAGCAUCUGCCAAUCAAAGGCGGGACCUGUGGGCAUGGCGACCACCUGCGAAGCAACCUAGGAGAUAUUGCUAGGGUCUUCAAGCCAGCUGCACAUCAGCGGAAAAGGAGGGACGCCUGGAGGACCCUGAAGUACAUGGAGCUCUUCAUAGUUGCAGACCACACCCUGUUUGUGAACCAGCAGCAAAAUUUGGGACUCACAAAGCAGCGGAUCCUGGAGAUUGCUAAUUAUGUGGACAAGUUCUACAGGUCUCUGAAUAUCAAAGUGGCCCUGAUUGGGCUGGAGGUGUGGACCGAUCGGGACCAGUGUCGGGUGGUCAGCGAUGCCCAUGCCUCCCUUGUGUCCUUCCUGCAGUGGAAGAAAUCUCUGAAAUCUCGGAAGAAGCACGACAAUGCGCAGCUGCUCACCGGUGUGACAUUCACAGGGACGACCAUUGGCAUGGCCCCGCUGGAGGGCAUGUGCAGCCCAGAAAACUCUGGUGGUGUAAGCAUGGACCAUUCGGAGCUGCCCGUUGGUGCUGCUGCCACCAUGGCCCAUGAGAUUGGCCAUAACUUUGGAAUGAAUCACGACGCUGAGGGCUGCUGUGUGGAGGCCAGUGCGUCCCAGGGAGGCUGCGUCAUGGCUGCGGCCACAGGCCACCCCUUCCCCAAAGUGUUCAGCUCCUGCAGCCGGAGGCAACUGGAGAGCUACUUCCACAAGGGGGGCGGCAUGUGCCUCUUCAACAUGCCCAACACCAAGGACCUGGUGGUGGGCAAGAAAUGCGGCAACGGGUUCCUGGAGGAUGGGGAAGAGUGCGACUGUGGGGAGGCGGAGGAGUGCACAAAUCCUUGCUGCAACCCGCAUAACUGCACCCUGAGUGCUGGAGCUGAGUGCGCCCAUGGGGAAUGUUGCAAGAACUGCAAGCUAAAGACAGCCGGGGCCAUGUGCCGAGAACCAGCCGGGACCUGCGACCUCCCCGAACACUGCACGGGGGCUUCUCCCUACUGCCCCGCCAAUGUGUACUUGCUGGAUGGCUCACCGUGUUCCUAUGGGGAAGCCUAUUGCCACAAUGGGAUGUGCAUGACCCACCAGCAGCAAUGCAUCCACCUGUGGGGACCAGGUGCCUUGCCAGCUCCCGAUGCUUGUUUCCAGGAUGUCAACAGGGCCGGCGACAUGUACGGGAACUGUGGCAAAGACGCCCACGGCAACUACGUGAAGUGUGCCUUGAAAGAUGCCAAAUGUGGGAAGAUCCAGUGCCAGAGCUCAGCCAGGAAGCCCAAGCGGCCCGACACCUUCUCCAUGGACACCACGAUCCGGUUUGGUGGGCGGGAGGUGAAGUGCCGGGGCACGUUGGUCUACGCAACCAAGGAUGACGAGGGGGACAUGUCGGACCCCGGGCUGGUGAUGACGGGCACCAAGUGUGGAGACGGGAUGGUAUGCAAAGAUCAGCAAUGCCUGGAUGCUUCCCUUUAUGAACUGGACAAGUGCAUCUCCAAAUGCCAUGGCCAUGGGGUUUGCAACAGCAACCAGAACUGCCACUGCGAUGCCCGCUGGGCUCCUCCGUUCUGCGAAAAGCCGGGCCUGGGAGGCAGCAUUGACAGUGGGCCUGUGCAGUAUGACAAUCAUGAAGCCGUCCUGAUUACUCUGCUGCUGGUGUUCCUGCUGAUCUUGCCAGCGAUCGCUCUGGGGCUCUAUUUCUACUACAGGCGAGAGAGCUCACUUCUCAACAAGUGGGUGAAGAGCUUAAGGAAGAGCCACAAGACGUACAGGAGUGGAACUGCCCAUCAGAAGGCAAAUCAGGGGCACUCGAAUUCUGCCUUCACAUUGCAGGACAUUUCCCCUUCCAGCAAAGCCGUGGGCAGCACUUCUGGCCAAGCAAGGAGGGGCGCUUUCCCACCUAUACUGAACCCUCAUCAAAGUGCCUCCCAGCCCGUCAAUGUCGUCCGUCCCCUCCGGCCCGCCCCCAAACCGGCUGUGCCUCUUCAGAAAGACCUCAAGCCUUCUCGGCCACCGCCCCUGCCCAUCAACAAAUCCCCCGCCGUUCCCGCCAAAGCCACCUUUGGUGCACAAACCAAGCUGCCUCCACCAAAGAAGCCUCUUCCCAGCAGUCCUGGCAGGACCCCAGUGGUGGAUCCAAAGCACCGGCCACCUCGCAGGCCACUGCCGGGGAACCCCCUCCUGGCCAAAGAAGUGCCGUCUACUCAGGGCCGGUCCUUGCUGGUCAUGGUGCCUCCCAGCAACUGCAGGCCAGCAGAAAGCAACGUGAACAGCUACCUCUCCAAACCGCUCAAGCCAGUGCCGCCUCAGAGACCUGCUCCAUGCUUGAAAGUCCAGACGGCUUCUUUCCCUUUUAAGAAAUGACAACGGUGGAAACCAGGAUCCUGGCGGGUGCUCACCCUGGACUCCUUCCUCCUCAUUUGCACUACUGCGUCCGACGCAGAGAUUUUUUGCUACCAAAGACUAUGAUUUUUUUAAGCGGGACUGUUUCUGCCACUAACAAAGAAGGGGGUCAGGGUUUGUGACUGGGGAAAUAGGUACUUCCGUGAAAUAAGAAGAGGCAGAGGUGGGGGACGGGAUGGGCCUUUGGGAAGAAACUUCUUGCCUGGCUCACAGGCCACUGCCGAUGGUUUGGGCCACCUGGGCCCGGCGUUGGGAGAGGGCACCAUUCUGAUCCAUGUCGCAGGUCGUGAUUAGCUACCUCCUUAUUUUGCAUAACCUCGUGAGAUAUUCUCUGACUGCUGGACGUUGCAUCUCCUUGAGCUGGUGCUGGGGGUGUGUGUAUGCCACACCCUCCUUAGAGACCAGUUUCCAAAGUGUAUGGUACUGUCUAAAGUGAGCUGUGCUGUUGCUUCCGUGGACGUUGAACUCCUUGUCCUGCCUCAUGGCGGGGGCAGUGCCACCCUCCCUGGUCUUCUAGUGGUUCCUCUGGCUCACUGGUUCCAUUUUGUCUUUGCUGACCAAGCCACCCCAGGUGAACAUGCACUGCCAUAAGCCCUGGUGCCUUCAGGUGGGGAACCAGAUAUGGGAUCUUGCCAUUAAUGACAAAUGACGAUUAGGGCAGACCACUUGAAUGAGGUUCAGCAGGAGGGACCACCUAUUGUGGCUGGCUGCCAGUGGGGCUGGGACUUGUAACAUGGAGAGAGAGCAGAAACUUGAGAGGCAGGGGUUGUCAGCCUCGGGUCCCCAGGUGCUGCUAGACUACAACUCCCAUCACCCCCACCGCCACAAUGGCCGAAGACCAUGGGAGCUGUGAUCCAGCAAUGUCUGGGGACUCAGUUUGAGGACCACAGUUCCCAGAAGCCACCGCUGUGGCCUUAGAGAUGGGCUCUGAGACCUCAUUGUGAGAGUGUCAUUCUUGCUUGUUGCUGGUAGAGGAGAAAACUGCGGCUCAGGUGAGGUCCCUGGAGAAGCUUCCAUUCUCCUGUCUUGAAAGCCCACGAGGCUCUCUUUCCCAGGAGCAGGGAGGAUCAGCACUCACAGGAUUGGGGUUGUGGAGCUGUUCAGGUGUGCUGGGACCAAGGAACCACACCCUUGGCUGUCCUUGGAGUCUGGCAGCACUUGUGUUUGCCCUGACCCUGUUCCUCCCUUUACUCGGGAGAGGAAGAACUCUUGUCUCUGCCGAUAUGCAGAGCCUCAGAGUGCUUCUGAAGUCAGGGAUGAGCCCCUCUCCCCCCACCAGCUCCGAGCUCAAGAGAGGGGCAGGGAAUCACCCUUGCUGCACUGCACUGUGCUUUGGAGGUGCUCUGAGCACCCUCCGUGUCAGGCAUGACUCCCCGCCCCAGCUCCACACUCGAGAGGGGUGGGGCCCACCUGUAUCCUGCUGCACUUUGGAGAGGUUUGGAGGUUCUCCUCCCUCCUUUCCCUCUUCUUUGGAGAAGUGCAGUGUUUAUCGCCCUCACCAGAGCUUCUGGCUGCAGCAAGUGAAUGGAUGGACCCCUAAACUGGCCCGGCUGUGGCCACCACACAUGGGUUUCCCUAGAUGGAGAUGAGAGUACUUGACCUUUCCCACCAAUGAGAAGCACAGCACUUUGUUUAUGGUGCCCUGAGCACAUGGAUCACACAGCCGAUCUCUAUCAACUCCAUCUCUGGAAGCUGCUAAGAUGUGAACCAGCCCUGGCUUCCAGUGGCCACUUCUGUGUCAGGAAGAGAUGGACCUGCUGCUGAGUUUCAGGGCUUCCCUGAGCCCUGGGACCCAUUUUCUUCUGUGGACUCUAGCCACUGGGAAGUGCCUCUGAGCAUCAGCCGAGUGCCUUCCCUUGUCCACCCCAUAACCACAGCCCACUUCACAUAUCUUGGGAGGCUGUGCCUUCUAGACAGAUACGGAUCCCACAGCCUCUCAUUUUAGGUCCUGGUUUCUCCGUAGAACUGCAUUUCUGGAAACAAAUGUCAUUUUGCAAAACAAGUUUGUUUGGAAUAAUAUUGCUGUGAAUUCCUAAAAGAUGGUUCCCAUCUGGGGCUUGCCUCUUAGGUCAUCCACUCAGUCCCUGCACCUGAGAACUGAUGCAAGCAGGACACGUUUGCUAUACCAAGCCCUAGUGGCUCAUCCUAAGGAGCCGUGUGUGUGUGUGUGCCAAAGGAGCUGCCUCUGCUUCCUGAGGGCAACUCGGGUUGCUCUUCUCUCCAAACGGUUUGGCAAAACACCACCACCAGCUCAGGCCCCUAAGUUUUCAGCUUUCCAGUUUUGUUUACAUCCCUAGCCCUUUCUUUGUCCUCAGUUUCUGCCUAGAAAAUUCCCAGACCAUUUUAUUCAGAGUAGGGCUGGCCUGACUCAUCCAGUCUUUUGAGACAGCAGAAUAUUUGGGGUGUGGGCGUGGUGUGUGUGUGUGUGGUGCUGCCAGUGAAGCAUACACACAGUCCAAGAAGUGCAGCCCAGCGCCCUCGGUGCCACAGCCGAGGAUUCUGGGGGCGCACCGCUCGAACUGGGCAAUGAACCUGCUUGGAGUGGCAAAUCAUAGGCUGGCCCUAAACUGGUCAAGUCUUGUCAUCCUCUUUCUUCUCCCCGUUCCCUCAGAUCUUACUAGACAACCCCAAUUUUUAAAGCUCUGGCUUUGGUGUCAACUAUGCAAAUUAAGUAGACCUAUGCAAAUUGUUGAAGUGAGUUGGCGUAAAUGCAGGCAUUUGGGUUUCCUUUGCGCACAUUUCAUGCCGAACAGAGAACGACUCCCACAAGCGACAGGCCCCUCUGACGCCCCCCCAGCCCCCCCUCUUAGCCUCCCUCCUGGCCAUCUGUAGCCACAGAUGGCUUUUAUUGGCCUACACAAGCAAGCCGGCUCUUGCCUUUGAUCUAUGCAUCUCCGACGAUGCCAGGUUUGUGUGUCCCAUUGUGUCCGGAGCUCAUGCAGAUGAGAAGCUGCCGCUUUCCUGCUACGCACCUUGCCGACAAAUGUGUGCCUUCAGCAUGAAGAUUUUGGAAACCCUGCAAACCCCACUGUCCUUCUGAAGGGUAAUGAAGAAAUAAAGGGCUUUUUUCUUAUUUAACUACAAA